AAAGAGCCGUCUGUACCACGUGGGGAAGAGGACAUUUCAAAACGUUCGAUAAUUUCAUGUAUGACUUUUACAAAACUUGCAACUAUAUUUUUGUCAGUGAAUGCACAGAUCACUUCCCAGAUUUCAGCAUUCAGCUUCGAAGGGAGAGCAACGGGGAUAUAAAAAGACUGCUGAUUCAAUUGUACAGCACCAUGGUCACAGUGGAACUGGGCAAAAUCACAGUCAACAGUCAGCUGAAUAUUCAAUUGCCUUACAAUUCAAAUGGAAUAAAUAUUCAGCCAUUUGGGAACCUUGUCAGACUGUUGGCUAAACAGCAGGGGCUUGAUAUCAUUGUUGUCUGGAACAAUGAAGACUACCUGAUGGUUGAGCUGGGAGACAAAUACCUAAAUAAAACUUGUGGUCUGUGCGGGGACUUUAACAAAUCUCCGAAAUACAAGGAGUUCCUAUACGAAGGUCAUGCGAUUAGCCCAAUAUAUUUCGCUUCAUUCUAUAAGUUGGAUGAUCCUUUGGAAAACUGCGUACAAGUGGACAAUGAGAGUGAAGAGGGGCAACUUCCAAACUAUCUGGCUAUCUGUACGUCUUUGAUGGAUAGUGUGGCACCAAACUGCACGGUACCAGAAUCGAGUUACAUUCAGAGAUGCAUCCAAGACCUGCCCCAGUGCUCCAGGGAGCAAGACGUAAGCUGUGCUUGUGACACAUUCUCAGAGUACGCACGGGAGUGUUCAAGGCUACUGCAACCUGUCCACAAUUGGAGAAAUGAACAGCUGUGCCCCCCACGUCAGUGCCCGACGAACCAGGUCUACGUGGAGAGCGGGUCACCGUGCUUCCCUACAUGUUCCAACCUACGCUCCACCUGCGACAGUCAUGGCACCUAUGGCUGCUUUUGCCCAGAAGGUACUGUUUUUGAUGAUGUUUCCGAGAAGAAUCGGUGCGUACACCUGGAUAAGUGUCCUUGCACCUGGAAUGGGGUCAUCUAUGGUCCUGGAGAAAAGAUCUCAUCACUCUGCAGGAACUGUGUAUGUUCUCUGGGGCAGUGGACCUGUACGACGCUACCUUGUCCAGGACGGUGCUCCAUUGAAGGCGGCUCGUUUGUGACUACGUUCGAUUCAAGACAGUAUCGAUUCCACUCAAUCUGCACUUUUGUUCUUGUGAAAAGUCCAGUCAUACCUGGCGAUGGACACAUCGAGGCACUAUUUGAAUCAUCUGGAGUGAAGCCGACUGAAACUUCCUUAAGUGCCAUCAUUUUUACGAGUAGUAAGAUAAAAAUUACCUUCUUGAAGCUGGGCAUGGUGUACGUGAAUAAUCAGAUCCAAGGUCUGCCCUUCAUAAAAGCUGGGUUUAAGGUUGAGAGAAAAUCCAUCAUCUGCGUUCAGAUGACCACCAGAUUUGGCCUGAAGAUGCAAAUCUACUUCAGCCCAGUUUUCCAAGUGUACAUAAUGGUACAAAUGAAAUUUUUUGACGGCACACAUGGAUUGUGUGGAAAUUUUAAUGGCGACUCCAAGGACGACUUCAAGAGCAGCAUGGAAAUCUCGGAAGGGAUUGCUGCGUUAUUUGUGAACACUUGGCGCCUUGGUAGAUGCUACAAAAAUGCAAUCGACAAGCAUCCAGACCCCUGCUCCCUCAGUCAGUUCAAGUUGGAUUACGCACAGUGCCAUUGUUUCAAGUUGAUGAGGAAAAGCAGCAUAUUUGGAAGAUGCCAUGCAUUUGUCGACCCGAUGGACUAUGUUGAGCGCUGCCAGUACGAGACCUGCAACUACGAGAACAUCCGGGGCUACAUGUGCUCGGCCCUGCACUCCUACGUGCUGGCCUGCAAGGCUCGGGGCAUCCGGCUGGUCAACUGGCAGAACGACGUGACGGACUGCAAGACUGAUUAUUCCAAACCCUUCCUUGGCUAUUCCUGCAUGAAGCUGAAGCAGUGUCCAUGUGUGCUGAAUGGGAAAAUUCAUCCGUCUGGAGAGAAAGUGGAUGCUCUGUGCAAAUCCUGCUUGUGCUCAGUCGGCCGCUGGAAUUGCACCAGUGAGCCAUGUACGGGGACCUGCUCGGUCAGCGGAGGAUCGUUCAUCACUUCCUUCGAUCUGAAGAGAUACAGGUUCCAUGGCGUCUGCAAGUAUCUGCUGGUCCAAUACAACCGGCAGGACCUUCUAGGGAUUGGGACGCUGUGCAGCGAACUAGAGUUCGCAAGAAGCUCCCACAACGAUGAUAUCCCGCCAGAAAUCACCCGCCCAGCGGAGUCCGAGUGGAUCACCUUACCGAAAGGACGCAACAAGAUGGACGAGCUGGAGCUGAUCACUGAAGAAAACACAACUGUACAAACCUGCUCGAUCAUGGUGGUAACUGUGACCUGGCUUCACGCUGGGAUCCCGGACGAGGCCAUCAGUCUGGUAGGUCGCACAGCACACUGGGCCGACAGGAGCAGUGACUCCGCGAAUAUUACAAUUUACAGACAGUCGUCCACCUACAUACAGAUGAGCACUAUGUUUGGCCUGGAGAUACAGAUUCAGGUCUGCCCGGUGUUUCAGAUGCACAUUACUCUUGGGAAUGAUUUUUAUGACACCAGCCGAGGGGGUUACCCACCAAACAAGUGCUAUCUGAUCAUGGAUGUAACAAGCAUUUUUGGAAGAUGCCAUCAUUUAGUGGAUCCAGUGCCAUUUGAAGAGAAAUGCAUGUUUGAGAUAUGCAACUAUGUGAAGAAGCAGGACUUCCUCUGUGCGGCCCUGGGACUGUACGCUCGUGCGUGUGCAGCAAAGGGACUGAUCCUGAGUGACUGGAGGAGCACGGUGCAAGGCUGCAAAAUCGCAUGUGCUGAUCGUCAGGUGUUCAGUUACAACGCCCGAGCCUGUGAUCGGACCUGUGUGUCACUGUCCGAUCGAGACUUCGAGUGCACGGCAAUCGAUGUGCCGGUGGAUGGCUGCGUCUGCCCACCACAAACAUACCUGGAUGUUCACGGUUUUUGUGUGGAAGCAGCAGACUGCCAGUGCAUGCUGGCCGAUGGCAACUUUGUGGCCCCAAAUAAAUCGAUCACCAUCAACCAUAUGAUCUAUUACUGCCAGAAUGGAAAACUGGACAGCACGGGCCAUCCUCUGGUCCACAAAGGAGCAUGUCAGCCUCCCAAGCUUUACUUCAGCUGUGCACAUGGGUCACGGGGCCAGUACGGGACAACCUGCGCCCCAACCUGCCAAAUGAUCGCCACACAAAUCUCCUGUGCACCCUCAACCUGUGUCUCUGGCUGCAUAUGUCCAGAGGGAAUGGUCUUGGAUUACAAUGAAAGCUGCAUCUUACCGGAAGAGUGUCCAUGCAAAUUCAGUGACCAGAUCUAUCUAACAGGAGAGAAGAUGAUGAGAGACUGUGAGGAAUGCAUCUGCCUUGUUGGAAAAUGGAAGUGUACCGAAAACGUGCACUGCCCCGCCACUUGCGUCAUUCACGGAGAGGGCCACGUGACCACCUUUGACGGCAAGAAAUUUAUCUUCAACGGCAACUGCGAAUAUACUUUAGUUCAGGACUCGUGCUGCGCAAACGAAACCCAUCCAAACUUUAAGAUUGUUUCAGAAAACGUUAUUUGCGGCCAGUCGGGUGUGACCUGCUCCAGAGCAAUAAAGAUCUACAUUGAGGAUGUUCUGAUAGAAAUGGCAGAUGGAACCUACACGGUAACGCCGGAAGCAGCAGCUGAUAGGUUUCGCAUCCACAUCAACCCACUGUACCUGUCCUUUGAGUGUGUGCUCCCUGGUGGUCACCUUCUGCAACUAUUGUGGAACAAGAACACAAAUACGUUCAUCCGUUUCACCAGGAUGCAGCAGCUUUCGCUGUGCGGACUCUGCGGUAACUUCAACGGGGACAUAGGUGAUGAUUUUAUAACGCGGAGCCAAUAUUUAGCCUCCAAUGCACUUGAGUUUGCAAACACUUGGAAGGAAGAGCCACUAUGUCAAGACGUGACUGAAGUUCUACAUCCAUGUGAUUUGAACCCGUAUCGUCUGUCCUGGGCAGAACAGCAGUGCCAAAUAAUUCACAGUGACAUCUUCAAGACAUGCCACAAUCUGGUUUAUCGAGUUCCCUAUUAUGAAAGCUGUGUACAGACGACAUGCGGGUGUGAUAUUUUCGGAGACUGCGAAUGCCUUUGUGGAGCCAUUGCAGUCUACGCUAAAGCCUGUUUGGAUGCUGGUGUCUGUAUCAACUGGAGAACCCCUGACUUAUGUUCUGCCUACUGCGAAUACUAUAACACCCAUUCACUAAAAAAUAACAACUCGGAGUUGACGGAGAAUGGUGGCCAUCCAAGCCGUUACCAGGCUUGUAUGUGUCCUAACAGUCUGUGGGACUUCCCAAAAAACAACAUGGAAGGUUGCUACACGUGUCCUGUGAAUGAAUACUACGACAGCAAAGUACAGUCGUGUGUUUUGUGUGUUGACCUACUGUACGUGUUCCUGGUUUAA